AUGGCCGCCGCCGCCGCCUCUCGCGCCGCCGGCCGCCUCCUUUCACCCCGUCUCCUCAUCGCCUCGCGCCAUCUCCAAGCAAGUGCCUCGGAGGGAUCGGCGAGGGAUGCGUCCACAAGCUUCAUCCACCCCGCCGCCGUCGUCCACCCUGACGCCGCCAUCGGCCAGGGUGUCUCGGUAGGCCCAUUUUGCACCGUGGGGGCUUCAGCGAGGAUCAGUGAUGCUUGUCAGUUACAUACAGGGAGUCAUGUCACAGGACACACCGAGCUAGGAGAAGGAUGUGUUGUUCACACUGGUGCUAUUCUUGGUGCAGAUCUACCUGGACGAACAAUUAUUGGGGAAAACAAUGUAAUUGGGAACUAUGCUGUGGUUGGUGUUAAGUGUCAAGAUCUCAAAUAUAAGCCAGGAGAUGAAUGCUUUCUACGCAUUGGUAACAACAAUGAGAUCAGAGAGUACUGCUCUAUUCAUCGAUCUUCUAAAUCUUGUGACUGCACGGUUAUUGGUGACAAUAAUCUCAUAAUGGGGUCCUGCCAUGUAGCACAUGACUGCAAGAUUGGUAGCAAUAACAUCUUUGCUAAUAAUACUCUAUUUGGUGGCCAUGUUAUUGUUGAAGACUGCACUCAUACUGCUGGGGCUGUCGUUGUCCAUCAAUUUUGUCACAUUGGAUCAUUCUCAUUUCUAGGCGGAGGCUCUGUGGUUGCACAAGAUGUUCCAAGAUAUACGAUGGUUGCAGGUGAUAGAGCAGAGCUUCGUGGUCUGAAUCUUGAAGGUCUCAGGCGCAACGGUUUCUCAGACCAAGAGGUACGGAGCCUAAGGAAAGCAUAUAGGAAAGUAUUUAUGCCAGCUAGUAGUUCCCAGAGUAACUUUGAAGACCGGCUCGCCGAACUGGAGCGGGAAAUUGAGCUAUUGGAAUCUCCCUCUGUAUCCUAUAUGGUGGAAUCUAUUCGCACCUCAUUUGACCAAGGACGUCGUGGAAUUUGCAAAUUCAGAAGUUGGAACAUCUCAUAA